AUGGUGGCUCUGGCUCCGGUGACUACAUGGAUACCCCGAGAUGACCUUCUCUUGAAACACGCCGUCGAGGCAGGUGCAUCUUUGGAAGCACUCGCUAAAGGUGCAGUGCAGUUUUCCCGAAGAUUCACUAUCAGGGAACUGCAAGAACGAUGGCAUGCACUCCUUUAUGACCCAGUUGUUUCUGCAGAUGCUGCGUCUCGCAUGGUGGAUCUUGAACGCUCCAACCCUAAUAUUCUUUCAAAAUUUGGUAGAGCUCGAAAUUCAAAAGAAAAUAAAAGUUCACUUGGAAAAAGGAAUGCUGAAAAAGUUUACAGUGCCUACCAUUCCUUGCGAAAGAAAUUUCGUUUGGAGCCAUUUAGUUCGAUGGAUCUAGCCUUCCUUCUUCCGCCAAAUGACAACCAUUUCAUUGGAAAUGGAAAUGCAACACAUUUAGGACUUGAAGAGUCUCACAUGGAUAUUAUCCACAAGGCUUUUCCUGAAAUUUUGGCAGAUGAGGGCUGUGUGGGGAGAUCUAAUAAUCCAAUUGAGGAUAGUCAUCCUGUUCAGGCAGACAAUUCACAAGGUGAAAUCCCUCAUGUAGUUGCAGGGGAUCUCGCGUUCAUUCAUAAUGCAGGUUCUUCUGGAUAUAAUGCUGUUCACGAGGACUCCAAGAUGAAACUAGAGAUAGCUGAUCAGGAACCGAAGACUGCAAUGCCUAGCGCUGAUUGCUUCCUGGCAGAGCUUUCAAAUUCUCUUGUCAAUGAUGUGGAUCCUUUCAUGGACGUACGAGGUAAAGACAUUGACAAAUCGUAUUAUGAUGGCUUUGGCUCACUUUUGGUAAACGCCACAAAUAAUACGAAACAAGGGGCUUUGCCUAGCUCUAACGAGCAAAAAACAUCUGCUGCACAAAAUAAAUCAGGAGAUGCCAGUCCAGGUGAUCAUGAGACGUCUGAACUGGAUGGUACAACUGUAACAAGCUCAUCUGAGGUUAAACCAGUGUCUGACUCACUUGCGAUAGAUCCUCAUCCUGAGAUAGUUAAUGAUGUUAUAUGCUGUGGAUUAAACACAGAGUACCCGGAAAUUCCUUGUAAUGAUGAUGUAUUCCUAUCCAACAACUGCCAUCCAAUGUCAGUUUCAUCCUUGGCCCGACGAAACUUUAAAGAUUCUAGUAAUCAAGUAUCUAUGUUUUUUAGAGAUAUCUCGACCAGUAAAGAGAGAAAUGUGGGAAAUUCAGUGAAUAUGCCGAAGAAUCCUGGACUAUCACAGGCGUCUUCUCAGGGAAAGCCAGAGAAGGGUCAGCCAAGUCAAGGUACCGAAUACAGGCCAUUCCUGAGUACUGAGUCGCAUAAUACCAUUUCCAGAGUCAUGGCUAUCAGUUCUGGUGGUUCUUCUUGUGCAGGCUCUGCACAGAAAUGUUCGAAUACUCAAUCCACAGCGUCGGUAGAUGGAAACAUUGCAGUUGAAACUGCAAAGCUUAUUCCGGGAAAAUCCUCUAUGAGAUCUGAUGGCCAUGGAAAGCUUUCCAAGAAAGAUGUUGGAAACAGUAAACUGGAACAAGGAGUCCUAGUCGUUGACAAUCCACCACAUGCAACACAUGAUGAUGAUGGCUCGAUAGAGAUGGUAAUCGCUGAACCGGAGGUCAAUUCAUCAGUGGAUGAACAUCUCGACGAUAGUGAUGAAGAGUUGCCUUAUUAUUCUGAUAUUGAGGCUAUGAUACUUGAUAUGGAUUUGGAUCCUGAUGAUCACGAUGUUUUUAAGCGUGAAGUUGCCAAGUAUCAGAAUGAGGACACCAAAAGAGCAAUUGCCAGACUUGAGCAGGCUGCUUACUCAUACAUGCAAAGAGCCAUUGCUUCGCAUGCCGCUUUUGCUGUUUUGUAUGGCAGACGUUCAAAACAUUACAUCAAGAAACCCGAGGUUCUGCUUGGCAGGUCAACAGAAGACCUCGUCGUGGACAUUGAUUUGGGAAGAGAAAAGCGUGGUAGCAAAAUAUCUCGACGGCAGGCCCUCAUACGUUUGGAAGAUGACGGUUAUUUUCGUGUGAAAAAUCUUGGGAAGUAUCCUAUCUGGGUAAAUGAAGAGGAAGUCGAUCAUGGGCAGAUUCUAAUCCUCAGAUCUGAGUGUCUGAUUGAGAUAAGGGGAAUUCCUUUCAUCUUCGAGACACACGAAGCACGCAUCAACGAACACCUGAAUAGCAUCGGGAAGGGUAAUUGUCAUUGA